AUGGUUCAAGGAGGCCGUGAUCAGCUCGUGGACAUUUCUUCUGACUGGUUGGUAGUGAAUAGGAGAGAGAGAAACACGAUGGAGAAAUUUUCUAUCUGGAAGAAUACACUUUGGCCAGGAGAUGAUGGUGGUUUCCACAACAUUACCCAGAGAAGCCCAAAGUUGCUGUCAUACUUGAAGCCCCAAACGUCCAUACAUUCGAUGCCACUUACAGUGGUGCUGCAUGGUCCUGCCGGCGUCGGGAAAACCACAGUGGCCAAACAGCUGAUGCUGGACUGGACACAGGACGACCAGGCAGAGACAUCCAAUUCCGCCUUCUAUCUCAGCUGCAAGGACCUCAACCACAAGGGGACGUGCACUUUUGCAGAGCUGAUAUCUGCGAACGGGCCGGAUUUGCAGGAUGCCGUUCCAGGGAUCCUCACGCAAGCCCGCAAAAUCCUGUUCGUCAUUGAUGGCUUUGAUGAGCUGAGAGUCCCCUCGGGGGCGCUCAUCCAUGACAUAUGUGGCGACUGGAAGAAGCAGAAGCCAGUGCCCGUCCUCCUGGGGAGUUUGCUGAAGAGAAAAAUGUUACCCAGGUCCACUUUAGUGAUCACCACUCGACCGGGGGCUCUGAGGGGGCUCCGGCUCCUGGUUGAACAGCCACUCUUCAUAGAAAUCGAGGGGUUCUUGGAGCUGGACAGGAAGGCGUAUUUCCUGAAACACUUUGAAGAGGAGACUCAAGCCCUGCGAGCUUUUGAGUUGACAAAGAAGAACGCAGCUCUGUUCCGCAUGGGCUCGGCGCCUGCUGUGUGCGGGAUUGUCUGCACGUGCCUGAAACGGCAGAUGGAGAGGGGGGAAGACCCUGCCUCCACCUGCCGGACCACCACGUCCCUGUUCCUGCGUUUCCUCUGCAGCCAGUUCACAGCAGCUCGCAGCAGCUGCCCCAGUGACUGUCUCCAAGCUCCGCUGAAGUCUGUGUGCCUCUUGGCUGCUGAGGGCACGUGGACACAGACAUCUGUGUUUGAUGCAGAAGACCUCAGGAGACUUGGGGUACAGGAGUCUGCCCUCUGUCCUUUCCUGGACAAGAAUAUUCUCCAGAAGAGCGAAGACUGUGAGGCCUGCUACUCUUUCAUCCACCUCAGCGUCCAGCAGUUUCUUGCCGCCAUGUUCUAUGUCUUGGAGACAGAGGAGGAGGACGUGGGUGGCCACAGGUGCCACGUUGGGGAUGUGCAGGAGCUGCUGUCCAAGGAAGGAAGACUAGAGAACCCCAACCUGACCCAGGUGGGCUACUUUGUAUUUGGCCUCUCCAACAAAGAAAGGGCCAUGGAGCUGGAGGCGACUUUUGGCUGUCUGGUAUCCACGGAGGUCAAGCAACAGUUACUGAGAUGCAGAUCAGUGCCCCAUGGGAAGAAACCCUUCUCAGCCGCGGACGCGAAGGAGCUUUUGUGUUGUCUUUAUGAAUCUCAGGAGGAGAAGCUGGUGGAGGAUGCAAUGGCCCCCGUCACGGAGAUCUCCAUCCGCUUGACCAAUACGUUGGAAAUGACGCAGUCUUCUUUCUGCCUUAAACAUUGUCAAAACUUGCAGAAAAUUUCACUGCAGGUAGGAAAGAGGAUAUUCCUGGAGAAUGACACCACGUUGAAAUCAGAUGCUCAGAUUGAGAGUUCAAACAAGAACCUGAACUUUCUGGAUGUGAGGGAAAGCUUUCUGAGUCAGUCCUCAGUGAGGAUUCUUUGUGAGCAGAUAACCCAUGUCACCUGUCAUCUCCAGAAAGUCGUAAUUAAGAACGUCUCCCCUGCCGAUGCGUAUCGGGACUUCUGUCUGGCUUUCAUUGGUAAGAAGAGUCUGACACACCUGGUUCUGGAAGGCAGUGUCCACGGUGAUGAGAUGCUCUUGCUGCUGUUGUGUGAGAUCCUGAAACAUCCAAGAUGUAAUCUGCAGUAUCUGAAGUUGGGUUCUUGUUCUGACACCCCUCAGCGGUGGGCUGAUUUCUCCUCGGCCCUCAAAAUCAACCAGUCCCUGAAAUGCCUGGAUCUCACAGCCAGUGAGUUUCCGGAUGAGGGUGUCAAGUUGCUUUGUUCGACUCUGAGACACCCAAUGUGCUUCCUGCAGAAAUUGUCGUUGGAAAACUGUCACCUUACAGAAGCCUGUUGCGAGGAGCUGUCCUCUGCUUUGAUUGUCAACCAGAGGCUGACCCACCUGUGCUUGGCCAAAAACAACCUUGGCGUUGGCGGGGUGAAAAUUCUGUGUGAGGGCUUGAGUUACCCCGAAUGUCAACUACAGACCUUGGUGUUGUGUCAUUGCAACAUAAACAGACGUGGCUGCAAAUACAUCUCAAAGCUUCUCCAAGGAGACUCCAGCCUAACAGACUUGGACCUGGGUUUCAACCCCAUAGCCACUGGAUUGUGCUUUCUCUCUGAAGCUUUGAAGAAACCAAAUUGUAACCUGAAAUGUCUAGGGCUCUGGGGCUGUUCCAUCACCCCUUUCAGUUGCCAGGAUCUCGCCUCUGCUCUUAUUAGAAACCAGAGCCUGGAAACUCUGGACCUGGGCCAGAACAUCUUGGGGCAGAGUGGAAUAAUGGUGCUCCUUGAGGCUUUAAAACAGAAGAAUGGCCCCCUAAAGACACUCAGGUUGAAGAUAGACAAAUCUACCAUGGAAAUCCAGAAGCUGUUGAAGGAUGUGAAAGAAAGCAAUCCACAAUUGACGAUUGAAUGCAAUAAUGCCAGAACAGCCAGGUCCUUAUGUUGUAACUUCCUUUCCUGA